AGGAGUAGGAGGAGGAGUGAAGCAGGGCAAAGGAAAGCUAUGAACGACACACAGCGAGAGAGAGGGGGAAGAAGGGAGGGAUUACCACUUAACUUUACUUAUUUACAUAGAAUAUAGUAGUAAACAAUUUUUUUUUCAUGUUUACACUUUAUCCUCCCGGCUGCAACACGAAGGCCCAACUCUGUCUUAAGUUUAUGUUAGUUAGCUGUCCUGACAUUAGCUCUUGUUUAUUAGCCUUCAAACAACUUGUCAACAGCCGAUCGAUCCGAGGACUGCGCUGCUCUCCCUGCUGGUUUACUUUAGCUGACUGCCGUAGCGGGAACAUCCCCAGAACCAGAGGCGCUACAGUGGGGAAGGAAAUUAUGGACCCCGAGUUUGGAGGUAGCAAAUCAGAGAGACACAUUAUCCAAACUUGAAGUUUCCACAAACGUCAAGCUGUGAUGGCUACGUGACAUGAGAUGAGCCGCCGAGUCAGCUUCAACAGGAACCAUGGACGGGUUUCAGCAAACGGCCACAGAGCAGCACAGCAGGGUGAAUGGCUACUGCGAGGCCAAGUCUCCUCGGGACAAGGCGGACGUCAGGUGGACGCCUCCGGAGGUGGAGUCGGCAGGCUCGGACAGCUGCGGGGCCGCCAGCGCGUCGGAGACGACGGACCUCAGAGAGGUGAAGACCAGGGAGAGUGAAGACGAGGAGGACAAGGAGGAGAAGGGGGAGGCGCUUCCUUCCAGAGGCCGGAAAGGGGAACAGAGGAAAAAACAGAAGGACGGUGAAAAUCAGGAUAGCAGUCACAGCAAGGACAACGGCGCAUCAUCAAGCUACACAGAUCUUUCCCAAACGUCUUCGCCGUCACUAUCGGAGCAGCUUCGUCUUGGCAGAGAAGACAACGCGGCUUCUGGGAUCAGCGUGGAGUGCAAGGUCUGUGGGGACAAGGCGUCUGGCUUCCAUUACGGAGUACACGCCUGUGAAGGCUGCAAGGGCUUUUUCCGACGGACCGUGCGGAUGAAACUGGAAUACGAGCGCUGUGAGCGUUCUUGCAAGAUUCAGAAGAAGAAUCGCAACAAGUGCCAAUAUUGUCGCUUCCAGAAGUGCCUGUCUUUGGGAAUGUCCCACGAUGCGAUCCGAUACGGACGCAUGCCUGAGGCGGAGAGGAAGAAGCUGGUGGCGGGCCUGCUUGCAGAGGAGCUGAACCUCAGCAAACCGGGCGGCUCCGACCUGAAGACGUUGGCCAAACAAGUGAACACAGCCUACCUGAAGAACCUCAGCAUGACCAAGAAGAGGGCCCGCAACAUCUUGACUGGCAAAACCAGCAGCACCGCACCAUUUGUGAUCUACGACGUGGACACGCUCUGGAAGGCAGAAAGCGGGUUGGUGUGGAGCCAGCUGGUUCCAGGCGCACCGCUGACCAAGGAGAUCGGCGUUCAUGUGUUCUACCGCUGUCAGUGCACCACGGUGGAGACGGUGCGAGAGCUCACGGAGUUUGCCAAGAGCAUUCCAGGGUUCGUGGACCUCUUCCUCAAUGACCAGGUGACGCUGCUCAAAUAUGGUGUUCACGAGGCUAUUUUCGCCAUGCUGCCGUCUCUCAUGAACAAGGAUGGACUUUUGGUGGCCAACGGGAAAGGCUUUGUGACGAGGGAGUUUCUACGCAGCUUACGGAAACCCUUCAGUGAGAUCAUGGAGCCAAAGUUUGAGUUUGCUGUCAAGUUCAAUGCUCUGGAGUUGGAUGACAGUGACCUGGCCCUGUUUGUUGCUGCCAUUAUUCUCUGUGGAGAUCGUCCCGGUCUAAUGAACGUGAAGCAGGUGGAACAAAGUCAGGACAGCAUCCUCCAGGCCCUGGACCUCCACCUCCAAGCGAACCACUCUGACUCUCUCUACCUCUUCCCCAAGCUGCUUCAGAAGAUGGCCGAUCUUCGCCAGUUAGUCACGGAGAACGCUCAGCUCGUCCAAAAGAUCAAAAAGACUGAGUCGGAGACCUCGCUCCACCCUCUACUACAGGAGAUCUACAAAGACAUGUAUUAGAGAAAUCUCCAGCACAGAGUGAUUUUGAAGCAAUACUGUUACAAACAGAAUCGUUCGGUUAUAUAAUAACACACUGCAUUCAGUGCAAGCACUGUUUUCCAUACGUUGGCAUGGAUUUGAACUCACAGAUGAAGCAGAUUCACUUUGUUAGGGCUAUCACAAUCAGGAAAAGUCCCACAGUAUCAGCAUUGCUCUCCCCGUGCGAUGAGCAUCUGGAAUCAUUUGCUGCAAAGCCUUAGUUUCCCACAAUGGCCACCUAACAGGAAGAGUGAUAUGUUUUCUUAAAGAGGCUGCUCCUGUUUCAUCCUCAUAGCAAAGCUGACCCCAGAGCAGUGUUUUGGGAACGAGAGAGAGAACUUCUCCUCGCUCAUCCAUGCUUUGCGUUUAGCUGCAAAGGGAAAACAUUUCAUGUUCCUACGCCAGUGGUACAGCUGAAAUGGAAGAGGGAAAUCAGGGUCUUUUUUCUUUUUAGAAAGAGUGAUUGUAAUUAUUGUCAGAAUUGUAUUACAACCGAAGAUGCACAAAUUGGUAUUUGUUUACAACAUCAUCACCAUCAUCAUCAUCAUUAACCCUUCCACCUUGCCAUUUGGUUUGAAGAACACAAACUGGGCUGGCUCCAGCAGUGUAGAGCUCUCUUAGUGUCUGUGCAAUAUCAUUUCUGUUUGUCAAUAAAUGUGAAAUCCAAGUCAUUUAGGUUUUGUCUUAAAAGCCAUUGAUCCAAGUGAAAAUAGUUCAACUUAGCUGACACUAUAAACAUGUGACUUCCAAAAGUACGAGAGACGACAAGCUUUCUUUCAUUUGUGCGGGAAACUGAACUUGCCAUUUUCUGGUUUUGUUAGCGCAUUUCUCUGUGAUUAUGUUACAAAUUAUUUGUGUUUGUUGACGAUAUUGUUAGAGCAAAUUAUGAAUUACGCCAUUUCAUGGAUUUAAGUAUAUUUGUAUAUCCAUGCCUACCUGUUUAGAUUAGGUUUUACCAAAUAUUAUAUCAUGCAAACCAACAAACUUUUCUUGAACAUGAACAUGUUGAAUUCCACGGUGCAGGAGGACUUUAUAGGAAACCGGCAUACAGAACCAUUAUAUUGUGACUGGCAGAUUCUAUCAUAAUUGAAAGUCUAACUCAGUUUCUGAACCUUUGUAUUCAAGAUAUACACAACCCAAAAGUACUGUUCACUUUUGUGUGUCUGAUUUAUGUUGCAGCUUGACAGUUUUGACUUUUUCCUACCAGUUCUGCUUUAUGCAAUUCACCUUUCAGUAGUCUCUUGUGCUUUUGUCUUUAUCCCCAUCUACCUCCAAAUGUAUGAAUAUUUCACUGUCUUAUCAAAUCUUUGACAUUUAUUUUUGCCUUAAUCCCUAUUAUUAAUGCACCUUGCAAAAUUUUGUAUCGUCGGCUCACGUCAAGUGUGCUAUGCAAAGCAAAGG